ACUUUAUAUUUAGGUUCGAACCCUCAAAUCAGUAAAGGCACCUUAAUUGUAAUGCCCAUAACCAACAACGAUUCCUACAGAGAAGAUAAAACAAAGUGGGAUGUGCGACUACAGAGUCGUGAUCGUUCUAAGAUAACUCUCCAAGUGCACGUUCCGGCUUCCGUGGGAGUUGGGAUUUGGAAGAUGAAAGUUACUUCACAAUUGAAGUCAAAAGAUGAUGAACCAGUCUCUUCCCCGGAAACGUAUGAAUGCAAGGAGAACAUUUAUGUUCUGUUUAACCCAUGGAGCAAAGAUGACUCUGUCUACAUGCAAGAUGAUAAAAUGAAAAAAGAAUACGUUUUGAAUGACGUGGGAAAGAUUUAUGUAGGCUCCUUUAACUACCCAAAUGGAAGACAGUGGAUUUUUGGGCAGUUUAAAGACUCGGUCCUUCCGGCUUGCAUGUUUCUUUUGGAACGUUCUCGUCUUGAUUACAGUGCCAGGACUAAUCCAGUCAAAGUAGCCCGUGCUGUGUCGGCAAUGGUAAACAGCCUUAACGACAACGGUGUGCUAAUAGGUAGAUGGCAUGAGCCUUAUGAUGAUGGUGUCGCCCCCUGGAAGUGGACUGGAAGUGCUGCCAUCUUAGAAAAGUUCAUGAAAAACGGAGGAGAUCCAGUGAAAUAUGGACAGUGCUGGGUAUUUGCUGGUGUAUGCAAUACCGGUAGGCGUCGCAUUUGUCUUUGUGUGAAUGAUGAUGCAGAUGCCACAUUAACCAUUGACAAACUUUUUAACGAAAGAGGAGAUCAAAUGUCCGGAGGAACAAAUGAUUCAAUAUGGAACUUCCAUGUAUGGAAUGAGUGUUGGAUGGCAAGAGCUGACCUUCCUGUAGGCUACGGAGGAUGGCAAAUUGUUGACGCCACUCCACAGGAAACCAGCGAAGGUAUAUAUCAGUUAGGCCCAGCACCUCAACUAGCCGUGAAAAGAGGGGAAGUUGGAUACAGGUACGACGUCCCUUUCGUCUUCGCUGAAGUCAAUGCAGACAUCGUGUACUGGCAGAAAGACCGAAAAGCGGAAACUGGCUGGAAAAAAAUGAAAACAAACACUAGACAGUACGUAUUUUUAAACGUUACGUUUACGGAUUCUUGUGGCGAGUUGUGGGCUAGGCAUAGCCUAAUGAUUAGCAUUUUUUUCUGGGCAAAAAUAUUUUAUAAUGAAGAGAGAAUGUCUGUACUGAACGCUACCAACAACGAUAUCGUGAGACACAGAUUCGAUCGACCUGUUGAAAAAGAAGACGUUUCUUUCGAGCUGUUGGAGAGUAAGAAAGUGAUGAUUGGGCAGUCAUUCGAUGUAACAAUGAAGAUUAAGAAUCUGAGUAGCAAGCCCAGAACAGUGUCAGCCAUAUUGUCAGCCAGCAGCGUUUACUACACUGGAAUUACGGCUAAAAAGUUAAAACGAAAGAGCGAUAAAUUAAUCCUUCAACCUCAGCAAGAGGAACUUCUUUCCAUUAAAUUGAGCUCAAGCGAAUACCUAGAGAAACUGGUGGAUUACGCCAUGAUAAAAAUCUACGCUUUGGCCACAGUGAUGGAAACGCAGCAAGCUUGGUCUGGUGAGGACGAUUUCGUACUGGACAAACCGAAGUUGAGUCUUGAGGUCCACGGAACUCCUGAGGUUGGAAAACCAUUUGAGUUAGUUAUCAGUUUCCAAAACCCACUUAAACGUAUUCUGGAUGAUUGUGUAUUCAAUAUUGAAGGGCCGGGACUUGCAGGGCCGUAUCAUUCAAAGUUCAGGGAUAUCAAACCAGGAGAAACUAUAACUCAUAGCGAAAAACUCGUCCCGCAGCAGCCUGGCUCUAAGAAAAUAUUCGUCACUUUCAGCUCUCGGCAGCUCAUCCAGCUUAUGGGAUCAAAGCAUAUUGAGGUGAUCCCAAAAUCCGAUCCAAGCCACAACGAGAUUUUAUGAGUUCUAUCCUGAAUUACUCUUUGGGAUACACGAACGGCGUUGUAAACUUUACAUUAUUGAAUUGUAUUGAUUCAUUAAUAUACUCUUAUUUCUAUGUAACUUAUAAAUUGCAGGGAUCACUUUUUAUUUAUUUUUUCCUGCUUUUUAAUUUCAAUACUGUAUGAUACAGUAUUUCUUGGAUUGUUUCAUAUAUCUUUUGGAAGUCUUGAAGGUUAAUGUUAUACUUAUACCACUUACGUUUAACGAUGGAGCAAUUCUAACUUAAAAUAUGAUUUUACAUGUUUACUGCUUGGAUUGCAUAUUUGUUUCCAUCCAAACACUUAAUAUCUAUUUCUUAUUUUUCAAAUUACGUAUAUAUUUAUUUAUUUAUAUAUUUAUUUAUUUAUAUCCCGAUUAUACUUGUAAGCUGGCGAAGCAUUAUUAUAAUAAGUUAUACCUGUCAUAGGACAUUAGUAAUAAUAUCUAAUAGUAAUAAUUAGGAUCACAUUCAUAAUAUUAAUGUCUUAUGACAAGUAUAAUUAUUUCACUACUGGUUGAAAAUCAUUCUUGUACACUUUGAUAAUAACGAUUUCAUUGUGAAUUAAACGUUUGUUAAAUAAAAUCAAAUGAAUAUA